AUGUCAAACAGCGGUUCAAAAAUUCUGAACUAUACCCCAGUAUCUAAAAUAGACGAAAAAAUUGAAACUUCAAGGAAUUUCUUCUUUGAGAAACAACUGAAAUUGUCUCACGAAAGUAACCCAAGGAAGAAAGAUCUAGAGUUCAGGGAGUUGCAGUUGAAAAAACUUUAUUAUGCCGUCAAAGACCAUGAGGAAGAACUUAUCGAUGCAAUGUACAAGGACUUCCAUCGGACCAAGGUUGAGUCUGUCCUGAAUGAAACAACCAAACUUAUGAACGACAUACUUCACCUAAUUGAGAUUUUACCCAAGAUGAUGAAAACCCGGAAAGUGUCAGAUUCUUCUCCUCCAUUUAUGUUUGGUAAAACGGUUGUGGAGAAGAUAUCAAGGGGCAGUGUCUUGAUUAUUGCUCCUUUCAAUUUUCCUCUGCUUUUAGCAUUGGGCCCAUUGGCAGCCGCUCUUGCCGCAGGUAACACUAUUGUUUUGAAGCCCAGUGAAUUAACACCACACACCGCCGUAGUUAUUGAAAAUAUGUUAGCUACGGCUGGCUUUCCUAGUGGACUAAUUCAAGUAGUCCAGGGAGCUAUAGAUGAAACCACAAGACUGCUAGACUGUGGAAAAUUUGACUUAAUAUUCUACACGGGUUCUCCACGUGUCGGCUCAGUAGUUGCGGAAAAGGCAGCAAAAAGUCUAACACCCUGUGUGCUUGAACUUGGUGGUAAAUCGCCUACCUUUAUUACAGGAAAUUUCAAAGCGAAGAACAUAAAGACUGCUUUGAAAAGAAUCUUUUUUGGAGCUUUUGGAAAUUCUGGUCAGAUUUGUGUGUCACCGGACUAUUUGUUAGUGCAUAAAUCUAUUUAUCCAAAGGUCAUCGAAGAGUGUAAAACUGUGUUAAAUGAGUUUUAUCCAGAUUUUGAUGAGCACACAGAUUAUACUCGCAUGAUUCAUGAGGCUGCUUGCAAAAAAACUGUUGGAAAUAUAAACUCAACUAACGGCUCCAAAAUUGUACCUUCAAAAAUUUCUAUUGGCCCAGAUGCUGAGGAUUUAUGCCUAGUACCACCUACUGUAGUUUAUAACAUUGACUGGGAUGAUCCUUUGAUGAGACAAGAAAAUUUUGCACCUGUAUUACCCAUUAUCGAGUACGACGAUCUCGAUGAGACCAUCAGCAAGAUAAUAAAAGAACACGAUACUCCAUUAGUGCAAUAUAUAUUUUCUGAUAGCCAAACUGAAAUAGAUCGUAUAUUGACGCGUUUGAGAUCUGGUGGUUGUGUUGUCGAUGAUACAGUGAUUCAUGUAGGUAUUACCGAUGCCCCAUUUGGAGGAAUAGGUAAUUCAGGUUAUGGCAAUUAUGGUGGAUUUCAUGGAUUCAAUACCUUUAGCCACGAAAGAACAAUUUUUAAACAACCAUAUUGGAAUGAUUUCACUCUAUUUAUGAGAUAUCCUCCAAAUAACACGCAAAAGGAAAAACUUAUCCGUUUUGCGAUGGAAAGAAAACCUUGGUUUGAUAGAAAAGGCAAUAACAAGUGGGGGUUGCGCCAAUAUUUUUCAUUAUCUGCCGCGGUUAUUUUGAUUAGUACCAUUUACGCCCAUUUCUCCUCUUGA